AACGUGCCUAACUUGACGCGCGGACCAACCACACAAAACUUUCCCUUGGCCUCCUCCGCUCUCCUCUCCUCGUCGCGAAAUCCUCCUCGCCCCACCAACCAAGGCAAUGCAGGCUUGGAAGGAAAAGGUAGCCGACAGGCUCGCCCGCCUCCUCGCCGACUCCCCUCCCUCCCCCGCCUCCGCCGCCGUCGAGCCACAGGAAACACCCUUUCCAGCAGAGCAUUCUACUUUUACCAACAAAGGAUCGUUAUCAUCUUAUGUGAUGUCCCUUCUACCAAACUCAAACUUGGGACAAGAAAAUAGUUCACCUUGUUCAGGAAGUAUGAGACCAUUACCUCCUGAAUCACUUCCUAAGCGAUGGAGAGGGAAUGAUUUCUCGUGGAAAGAUCGGCCGCUGGAAUUGAGCGAGGAGUCUGGUUCUGAAAGUGACAGAGAUGAAAGGACUGGGAGUUCUAAUAACAACCAGAUCCUUCAAUCCCAUAGGUCCGGGGAUAACCAAAAUGGAAACGAGGAAACGUCAACAUCAGAUUGCAUAGGCGCUGUUUAUUAUUUAACUGAAAAGUCUACAUUUGUAUCCCCAGAACUGUUUGGGUUCUUUCAGUCUUCUCUCCCUGGGACCUUAAAGGGAUGCCACUGGGUAUUGCUCUAUAGCACUUGGAAGCAUGGAAUAUCUCUAAGAACGCUUCUUCGCAGAACUGAGAAUCUUCAGGGUCCGUGCCUAUUGAUUGUAGGAGAUAUGCAAGGGGCUGUCUUUGGUGGACUAUUGAAUGGUCCUUUGAGACCUACAGAGAAAAGGAAAUACCAGGGAACAAAUCAGACAUUUGUAUUCACGACUAUUUAUGGUGAACCCAGACUUUUCAGACCAACUGGUGCAAACAGGUACUAUUAUUUGUGCCUGAAAGAUACUUUAGCAUUUGGAGGUGGUGGAAACUUUGCACUGCGCCUUGAUGAAGAUCUGAUACAUGGAACAAGUGGCUCAUGUGAGACAUUUGGGAACUCAUGUUUGGCGCAUGGACCGGAGUUUGAACUAAAGAAUGUCGAGCUGUGGGGCUUCUCCCAUUCACGGAGUCGUUGAUGAUGGCUAUCAAAUUCAUGUUUACUGUGUUCAAUUAUACUUGUUCUUUGUAACAUUAUUGUUUCUCAUUUAUUAACUUCAUUAUGUUCUACUAGUAUAUGUAUAAAUAUGUGUCCUUGGAGGCCAGAACUGCAAUUCCGAAUCAAAGAAUACUUCUGCAACAACAGCAUGUUCUGUAUAUGUACUAUUAAUAUACCAUGUGGAAUGUUGAUUCUGCUGCUUCUUUUUAA